AACGGCAUAAACCCUAGAUAUUUCCGCCACACCUCUUCCGCCAAUUUUUUUUGGAGUAAGCUCUAGCUAAAUAUGGGAAGCGAUACCGAAGCAGAGAAGUCGAUUCAAAAGGAGAAGAAGAAGUUCGCUAUUUCUCUUGCUCCUAUCGCUAAACCUCUUGCCGGCAAAAAACUCCAGAAGAGAACUUUCAAACUCAUUCAAAAAGCUGCUGGGAAGAAAUGUUUGAAGAGAGGAGUUAAAGAAGUGGUUAAGAGCAUAAGACGUGGCCAGAAAGGAUUAUGUGUUAUAGCCGGAAACAUAUCACCCAUCGAUGUGAUUACUCAUCUUCCAAUCUUGUGCGAGGAGGCUGGUGUUCCUUACGUAUACGUUCCUUCCAAAGAAGAUCUCGCGCAGGCCGGGGCAACGAAACGACCAACAUGUUGUGUCUUGGUCAUGCUUAAACCGGCGAAAGGAGACUUAACUGCAGACGAGCUUGAAAAGUUAAAGACAGACUACGAACAAGUCUCUGACGAUAUUAAGGAGCUAGCAACUUCUGUAAUCUGAUUAGAAACUAGAAUGUGUUUCUGUUGUGCUUUUGAUGGUUAAUGAAGAUCAUGAGAUUUU